AUGCCUCUUCAACCUUCACAACCAUUACCUCUUCACCGGGGCUGCAAAGCUUACUUUCUGAAUAAUCAUCCGGCACUAUACACCAAGCUACGCACCUUUAGCACGAGUCAUGUUCACCCUUCAUUCUCUUCCCAUCCCGUUUCAGCAAUAUAUCCCUGGCCUCUCGACGCCAUCCUCCUCCCCAAGCGUAAGCUCAAUGAAACUCCUCUAGACAAAAUCUACGUAAUGUACCACUACCUAAUCCGCGGCGACUACGAAGUCCUCCGCAACGAAGUGCAAGACUUCUUCGACCACACAAACUGGCACGUCCACUCCAUCCCUGACCCGCGCGACCACGAUCCAGAGCGCUACGCCAUACUCGCGGCCAUCACACAAUACCUUGCGCACGGUAUAAAUCGUCGUAUCAAGAUCAGCCAUGGGUGUCGGAAGGAGCCCUUGGGGCCAUGGAAGAUGGCUGCGUACGAUGCAUGCUACAAUGGUAGGGGUGGUCUACCAAUUUUCGAGAAGUUGGAGAAGGAGCCCAAGUGGGCGGGAAGGGUUAAGAGGGUUAAUAGUGGGUUGGAUAUUUGUUAG